CAAAUCUAUGGACUGUAUAUAACCUACAAUUCGUUCGGUAGCGUUUGUAACCGCACAAAUCAACAACAAAAAGUUGUUUUCUUAUUAAAUAAUUUUAUUGAUCCAACUUUUUGAUAGCCGAUUGCCUUUCUCAUUUAAUUAUGGCUCUGAAUAAACCAAAAUCAGAAAUGACCGCCGAAGAACUGCAAGCUCGAGAAGAAGAAGAAUUCAAUACCGGACCACUUUCUGUUUUAACGUUGUCUGUGAAAAAUAAUACCCAAGUUUUGAUAAAUUGUCGAAACAAUAAGAAAUUACUAGGACGAGUAAAAGCAUUUGACCGACAUUGUAAUAUGGUGUUGGAAAAUGUGAAAGAAAUGUGGACAGAACAGCCACGUCCAGGCAAAGGAAAAAAGAAAGCAAAACCAGUCAACAAAGACAGAUUUAUUUCUAAGAUGUUUCUGAGAGGAGAUUCUGUUAUUCUAGUAGUAAGGAACCCAUUGGCCUCAGUAACUAAUAAGUAAUAUUAUCAAGUAUUUUAAGAUUAUUAAAAAGUGUAUUUUGUAUUACGUUAAUCACUUGGAAUAACAUAAAAUUAAACAGUGAAACACAA